CUCGAGUCAUCUCCCAAUGUUGCUCCAAUCAAAACAUAGUGACUGAGACUGGCUCGGUCGAUCUACGAGUGUUCCAUUUACAGAGAAGCCUUGUAAGGUCGUGGGGGUCGCAAGAGGCGAAGAGCAUCAUGGGAUACGUACAAGAAGCCAGAGAAAAUCACGUCAAGAAGAAAGUCGAAGAAGCUUUACGCAGCAAAAUGAAGGAGAAGGCUCUAAAAGCAUGUGAUCAGUACACUGCAAAAUAUGCUGAAUGUGCUGUAGGAAGAACACUAUCCGUUGUUUGGCAAUGUCGCAAACAAGCUAAAGAAUUAAACGAGUGCCUUCAUCAGUACACCAAUGACUCAGUUUUGGAAGAAAUGAAGAAAGAAUACAUGCUUCAACAAGAAGCGAAGGAAUCUCUAUGAGUUUAGUUCAAGUCCUUCUUCUUGAGUAGUACACACCCGCUACCAGUGCGACCUUUCUCUACAUUUAGCAGAGCACCAAUUAUUUGGGGAUGGAAUUAGAUUGCCAUUGGCAAAACAUCUUGAAUUUUGGUGGUAUUUUUAGAUUAUUGACUAUUUGUAUUAUUUUGUAGCUCACUAAAUAUUUCUGUUGGAUUUUUACAUGCUUUUCAGUAUUUGUUUUUCGAAUUUCGCUCUAAAUUGAAAGCAGUUGCAGA